AUGCAGCUCUUCACUCCGAUCGUCUUCGCGCUCGCCCUGCUUUCCGUCGGCGUCCAGGCCAAGGUAAAGGAAGAAACCAAGUCCAUCGACGACCUGUAUGCAGAGGCAGUCGCCGAAGGAGGCAAGCUGGUUCUGUACCACGGAGGAGACACCCCGACUCAGCAAGACUCGCUACAUGAAGCCUUCCAGCAGCGCUUCCCGGAGAUCAACUUUACCCUCAUCGUUGACUACAGCAAGUACCACGACGUCCGCAUCGACAACCAACUGGAGACCGACACCCUCGUACCGGACGUCGUGGCUCUGCAAACGCUGCAGGACUUCCCUCGCUGGGCGCGGGGGGGGAAAAUCCACAAGUCAUUGAAGGCCUCUGACGGUGCCUGGAUGGCGUACACGGUGUACUCGUUCGCCUCGAGCUACAACGCGAGCAACCUCAAUGGGCUGACCCCGCCUGCCACCGUGGCCGACCUGGUCAACUCGCAGUGGGCUGGCAAGAUCGCCUCGUCCUACCCCAACGACGACGACGCCGUGCUGUACCUGUACACCCGCUACCUGGCUAACCAGAGUGUCGCCUUCCACCGCGGCUCCAACGUCGCGGGCGAGUUGAUCGCCUCUGGAGAGAAGCUGAUUAGCAUGGGCUCGGACGUCGGCGUCAGUGUCGUGGGAUGCAACAGCACCGAGUACAUCGCUUGGGGUCAGCGCGCUGCCAUUCUGGCCAAGGCCAAGCACCCGGCUGCGGCCAAGCUGUUCAUGAACUGGGCUCUCUCGGACGAAGUGCAGGCGUCCACUGUGGCGCCCAGUGUGCGCACCGACAUCAACACUGACAAGCCGUGGGAUAUCCCCGAAGCCAACAUGACCGGCUUCUCGUCGUUCAUGGAGGACCGCGCGAAUGUGGAGGAGUGGAAGCAGACGUUCUCGCUGUACUUCGGUGAGGUGCAAGGCGAGCCGACCCCGGGCUUCAUCGGCCUUUACCCGGGUCUGUAA